AUGAAGCGCUCGGUUGAGAACCCCGAACACGUUGGUACGCAGCCCCUCACAAUCAACCGCAAUGGCAGGCAACUGAAACUUGUUGACCUAGGUCUGUUCACCCAGACUGCUGGGCAGUACUUCCGCAAUGAGCGGCGGCGCCAUUCCCAGUAUGACGGCGGCCGCGCUUCUUCUUUCCAGCCUUUUGGUCAGAGGUUCAAGGGCAAGAACGCACUUGUCUUCUACCCAGAUGGUAAUCCCACUUUCGCUGGCGCUCUAAGCCAGGACAUGGACAUCUCCCACCGCAUCGAGGUCUGUGGCACUCCUGCGCCCUCUAUCGUUGAACUCGGCAACUACAUCACCAUAAUGCUUCGAAAUAUCCCGAACAAGGACGGCCAACCUCCUUCGGCGCAAAUUGUUGGCGCCUCUCUCGGGAGGCCCGAUUGCUUGUUUCGAUUCAGUGAGGGGACUGAGCAUCGGAUUGAGCGGUCUAUGGAUGUUAUGGUCGCUGCCCGACGCAGCAUGUACGGCGCCGACAUGCUUCCGCGUACCACCAACUUCGGGGUGACCCCUGAGGAGGCCCGCGAGCUCAACAAGAAACAGCACGGGAGCGUUUUGAAGUUGGUAUGUCUCGGUCUUCCCGGUGGUUGCAUGAUGUUGUCACCGUUCCUUUGGGCGGUACGAUUCUAUGUAAUCGUCGGGGAGGCCGAGCAUAUCAUCUAUGUAAUUUUUUCCAACACCACCAACUUCGGAGUGACUCCUGAGGAGGCCCGUGAGCUCCAUCAGAGUCAGAAGGCCCAUGAUGCCGCCAAGGCCACUGCCGCCCCGGAUGGGGGUGGCAUCUGGGACGGCGGCGCUUCUAAGGACGACCUCAGCGACCUCAUCUGA